UGUGAGUGAGUGAUGUCUGUGCUCUGUCAUUGAGCCUUCAGCUGAGGGUCGGCUCUCUCUCUCUCUCUCUCUCCCAUCUUUUCUGCACACAUUUUUUUUCCCUUUUUUUUGCUAUUGCAUUGCAACAUUAGAACAGGAGGACGAGGAGAGGAGAGGGACUGAGGGAGUAUUCCUUUCCCAAACCUGCGAUGCAUCGGAUAUAAACACUCGCCUCCGGCAGCGAUGGGGAAGGAUCAGGAGUUGCUGCAGGCGGUCAAGACCGAAGAUGUAGCGGUAGUGCAGAAGCUCCUUCAAAGGCCGAAGCCGAGCAAAGCGAAACUUCUGGGCUCAGCCAAGAGAGUGAACGUGAACUUCCAGGACAUAGAUGGCUUCUCUGCGCUUCACCAUGCAUCCCUCAAUGGCAACACUGAGCUCAUCUCUCUGCUGGUCGAGGCCCAGGCUACGGUCGAUAUCAAGGACAACAAAGCGAUGAGGCCACUUCACUAUGCAGCCUGGCAGGGGAAGGUCGAGCCGAUGAAAAUGCUCCUAAAAGCGGGAUCAACUGUCAAUACGCAGUCGGAUGAAGGCCAGAUCCCACUGCACCUGUCUGCCCAGCACGGACACUAUGAUGUGUCUGAGAUGCUUCUGCAGCACCAGUCAAACCCAUGCAUAGUGGACAUUGCUGGAAAGACUCCCUUGGACCUGGCUUGUGAAUUCGGCAGAGUUGGGGUGGUUCAGCUGCUGUUAAGCAGUAACAUGUGUGCAGCCCUGCUGGAAGCGAAGCCAGGAGAUAUCACUGAUCCCAACAGUACCAGCCCUCUUCACCUGGCUGCCAAGAAUGGCCAUAUCGACAUUAUAAGGCUUCUGCUGCAGGCUGGCAUAGACAUCAACCGGCAGACAAAGGCGGGGACAGCUCUGCAUGAAGCUGCAUUAUGUGGCAAAACAGAAGUGGUCCGUUUGUUACUGGAAAGUGGAAUUAAUGCACAUAUCAAGAACACGUACAAUCAGACUGCCCUGGAUAUCGUCAACCAGUUCACAGCCACACAGGCGAGCAGAGAAAUCAAACAAAUGCUCCGAGAAGCUUCUGCUGCCAUACAGGUGCGAGCAGUGAAGGACUACUGUAACAACUAUGACCUGACCAGUCUUAAUGUAAAAGGGGGAGAUGUGAUUACAGUCCUGGAGCAGCAUCCUGAUGGGAGGUGGAAAGGAUGUAUCCAUGACAACCGAACCGGCAACGACCGGGUGGGUUACUUCCCCUCGACUAUUGUGGAGGUGAUUAACAAGAGAUCAGGUUCUUGGGACGCAGUUAUUUAUGCUCACAGUUCUCAGCAAUAUCACAAGAUACAGCUCACAGCCUAUGGCACAGCAAUUGUCAAUGGCGACUCCUCUCAUCAGUUUAAUUCACUGCCGCCUCCCCCUCCACCUCCACCUUUCCAUCAUCAGCCACUUUUCAGUUCCUUUGGCUAUCACAGAGCCAAUAGCAAUAUAGAAGAACUACCAUAUGGACAAGGUUCUCGAGGUUCCGAAUCCAGCCCUUCCCAACCAUCUCCAGUGCAGCCAGCCACCACUACCACAGAGGAGAUCUGGGUGCUGCGAAAACCGUUUGCAGGUGGAGACCGGAGCAGUGUGGGCAGUACGGGAAGCGUGGCCAGCGUCCGGAGUUCUGGGAGUGGACAAAGCGCGGGGAGCACUAUUCCAAUUGAUGGAAACAAGCUACUGCAGACAGUCCUGACCCAGAAGGUUUCUGCGGCUGAGACAGCAGGAUGCGAGGGGAUUGCCAAAUCAGACCAGCCUGCAGGAUCUUCCCGGUCACAGAGUGCAUCCAGCUCCCCCUUCGUGGACCAACCAUAUAGCGAGCAGCAACUGAAGAAGCCUGAUACACCAUUGGACGUGAAGAGCCCAGAGACAGUUUUUAACUGGCUCAGUGAGUUCCAGCUCCAACAAUACGCACCUAACUUUAUCAAUGCUGGUUAUGACAUUCCCACUAUCAGCCGUAUGACCCCUGAGGAUCUAACAGCAAUUGGAGUAACAAAACCAGGACAUAGGAAAAAGAUUGCCAUUGAAAUAAAUAGGCUGAAUAUCUCCGACUGGCUGCCAGACUACCAACCAAAUGAUUUGAUGGAAUGGCUCUCAAUAAUUGGUCUCACUCAAUAUUACAAGACCCUUGUGGAGAACGGUUAUGAAAAUAUUGAGUUCAUCACCGAUAUCACCUGGGAAGACUUGCAGGAAAUCGGGAUCACAAAGCUUGGCCAUCAAAAGAAAUUUAUGCUGGCGGUGAAGAAGCUUGCCGAAAUUCAGAAGGCUGCAAGGUAUGACUCCAGCACUCUGAAGAAAAAAGCCCCUCAGACAUUGGAAAUAGUUGCCAUUGAAUCUCCACAAGGAGAAAAUGCUGAAUUGUUGUCCCCCAAAAUGUCUACUUUUCAAGACAGCGAGCUGAGCAAUGAGUUGCAAGCAGCCAUGACAAAUGCUGGGGAUGCCAAGGACAAUCUGGAACAAAAGCAAGGCAAUCACAUCAUCCCUGCUCAAGAAGAUACAGCGUACAGGUCACAAGGUUCCGGUGUCGCACAGGAAAGUGAGGUCAGCGCAAGCAAGGUGAAGACAAACGGUAAUUCACAAGAAAUACCAGGCAGACGGAACACCCUGCAGAGUGCAGGAAUAUCUAAAAGCCAAGAGAACCUGGAAGGUCCUACCCAACAAGUGGGCCCAACUAGGAGGGGUCACCGACAAGGAGUUCAAAGGGCUAGUGUGCCUCCAGUGCCUGGAAAGCCCAGAGGAUCUGUGCCUCCUGCUCAUCAAACAGUCGGUGCAAUGUCUUCAUUCACCCCACCGCAGACACCAACAAAGCCUAGGGCUUCUUCCCCACAGACACUUACAGUUCCCCAGGCCACAGCUAAAGUGAAGCCCACCCCACAACUUUUGCAGAGCGAUCGACCCAUGUCCCCAAGGUCACUUCCACAGUCUCCAACGCACAGAGGGUUUGCUUAUGUAAUCCCACAGCCAAUAGAAGGUGAAGGGAUUUGUGGAGCAGGGCACUCAGCAAGUCCACUGGUCCAGGCUGCCUCUGUCAUGCCCGUCUCUGUCCCAGUGCUCUGUUUGCCUCCACACGGAGACGAUUCAGAUGAGGAUCCGUUGAGACCAAAGAAGCGAGCGCACAGCUUAAAUCGCUAUGCCAUGUCCGACAGUGAACAAGACAAGGAUGAGCUCUCAGUGCCUGACAUUGGGCCUUAUGCCACAAUACAGAGGCGUGUGGGGAGAAGUCAUUCCGUAAGAGGUCAGUCGACAGCAGAUAAAAACGUUAACCGCAGUCAAUCUUUUGCCCUCAGACCAAAAAAGAAAGGACCACCCCCACCACCUCCAAAACGCUCGAGCUCAGCAAUAUCCACCGGAAAUCUGACUGAUGAUGUUUCAAGAGAAAAGGAGUUGAGAAACACUAAAGAGCCUGAUACAAAAGGAAGGUUCAAAGAGCAGCGCAGAGCAAGUGAUUUUGGUGGGACGGUGGACACGGGAAGUGCUGGGAGUGUGAAGAGCAUUGCAGCCAUGUUGGAAAUGUCAUCGAUUGGUGGAGGUGUCAGGGCUCUCACCCUGCAUCGAUCAUUUAAGGCAGAGAGGGGUCUCGGAGGUCACUACGGUCAAAUGAUGCAACCAGCCAGUUUCGAACAUUCCAGGGUAGCUACAGUGCUGGCCACAGUAAAGCAUGGGCAUUUAGAUAGAUCUCGAGAUGCUAUUGGGUUAGAUGGAGAAAUUAUUAACAGAAGGAGGACAAUUAGUGGCCCAGUCACUGGCUUGAUCGCUGCAGCGAGAAGAGAGCGGAUUGAGAGCAUAAAAUCAGCCACUGAAUCUGGUUCACCAAUGGAUAAGCUUGACGUAGACCAGUCCGGAUCAUCCAGGAACAGCUCCUCUGAAAACAUACCAUUUGCAGAAGAAGGGAAUUUAACUAUUAGGCAGCGCCCAAAGCUGUGCGGUUCUCUGAAAAGUGACAUGGUGGAGUUUGCACCCUCUGGCCAAGUUCAGGAUAGCACAGAGUUUGCAUCUGAUCAGAUCACAUCAGAAAUUUCUGGCACGCUCAAAAGAAGAGGGAAGCCUAAACCAACCCAGCAGCAAGAGGUCCUGGCAUUUCACUUGAUCGAGUCAAACACUGUUAAACGGCGACCAAAACUUAGAGAAAAGGAUCAGGUCGAAUCACCACAAGAGACACAUCAGCUCACUGUUCUUCAUAACGGCAUGGGUACCGUUAAAAGAAGACCUGUAUCAGACCUGAGUGGAGGUGACACGUAUCCAAGCUUUCUGACCGUGGGUGAUAUCCGCAGAAGAAAUAGUGGGGAACAUACAUCCCAGUCUGCGAAUGGAGAAUCAAAGAAACCUUUCAAACCACCAGUAUCUCCAAAACCUUUAGUUGCUCAGUCAAGCGUCAUGAAAAGACAAGGACCAGCACCGGGCAGUGCCAAAAAGUCACCAGCGCCCAGUCCUGGAAGUCCUGGCAGUCCAGAAGUAAAACGCGCACCACCUCCCGUGUCUCCUAAACCAACCCUACCGCCCCCACUGACACCACCCAAGCCCAUCAAGCCCCACACUGUCCUCCAGUCUUUGAGCGCAAGCCCUACCCCAGUCCCCUCUCCUGCCAAACAACCAGCUAUCAAAGCAGCAAGCACACCACCAUCCCUGUGUUCUAGUCCAGCAAAACCAAUCACCAGUGGCCAACCACAACAGGUCCCCGUGAAGCCACCAAGGUCCUCGAUAUCUGGAUUGUCCACAGAGAUGCCUAUAACAGAGGUAGCACAAAUGAAGCUGGAAGAAACCAGCGCCUCCCUGGCUGCAGCUUUACAGGCCGUGGAAGACAAGAUUAAACAAGAUGAGGGCCAGAAAGCAGAGACUGCUUCUGCAGUGAAGAGCACAGGCAGCAUUCUGGAUGACAUUGGCAGUAUGUUUGACGAUUUAGCUGAUCAGCUGGAUGCCAUGUUGGAAUGAAGGCGAGGAAUCAAAAUGGCAGAAAAACCUCAGGAUUUAAUGUGGGCACAAUGAUCACAAUGAUCUUAUAACUGUUUUCAAAGAAAUCUUGGACACAAUUUCCCUCCAUGAACUCAUCAUUAUGGUUUGCACAAUUCAGAUUAAAAAAAACAAUUAGCUUACCUCAGGAUCUUGUUCCGUGAAGAUCUUCUAGAUUUAAUUUACCAACCUAAUCUUGCGCCAAAACAAGAUUUCAAGUUCAAUAGAUGGGGAUGGAGAUACAAAGCUGAAUUGCUUUAUUAUAGAUAAAAUUCAGGCUCUUUUUGUUUAAGAAACCCAAGGAUGUUUAAACUCUUAGAAUUAAAAGUUGUUAAUGUUGCGAUGUAGUAUAUGUAAAGUGUAAGCAUGAGAUAUGAUAGAUUUGUAAACAUUUCAUCCCAGAAAAGGUGGAAAUUGUACACAAGUUCUAAAAGACAUGAUUGAAUUACCACACUGAAUUCCAACUGUGGCAUACGUUUGAUUUCCUUGGUUACAGUGAGAGGCUUAUAGGGUUUUGAAUGGGCUGCUUUUUAUUUUGUAUUAACUUUAUUGGGAAUAUGUUGACAGUCAGGAUAUGCAGAGGCAUUUGAUUGAUAAGAUGAAGAAUAAACAGCUAAUCGUUUAAGAAAGGGAUGUUAGCAGAUGUACCCUAAACGAACAGCACUGUAAUGAAGUGCAGCAGGUCCUGUGUGUUAAUUAGAGCAUUUGUUUUAUCAGAUAAAUAACACACACAGUGGGAGUGAAACUCCUCUUGUUGUUAAGGCAGUGACUUUGACAAUGUCCAUUUAUUACAACAGCAAGAGAGCAAUUGCUUGGCCUUUUCAAUUGUCUGCUCCCUGAAUAUACAAUCUAAUAUUCUUUAAUUGCUUGAAAAUUAAUUGGAUAAAAUUAAGUUUAAGGAAAUUGAAAUCAAUUUUCAGUUCUUCGUGAGAAAGAAGGAAAGUGACUGAACAAGAUUCCCAUUCCAUUAGAAACUGGUUACUUAAAAUGGCAAUUAUCAUUUGUUUGGGCUAGCUUCUUUUCUUUCUCUAUUUGUCAAAAGCCAGUGAGAUGGACACGUAACUGAUUUGAAGUCAGCUCAUGUCAAUGUGCUUUGAAUAGAGUAGAUUCCGAAUCAGUUCUGUUUGUCCUACCCAAAUACCGCAAACUUUCAUCUACUUGCGGAAGGAAAGGUCUUUUUUAUAUAUUUCAUAAUAUAAUAUUAACUAAAGGGGUCCAAAAUGCGGGUUAGGCUAAAUUGCUUAACUGUUUUGUGCUCACUUUGCACAUAAUUUCACCACAUUUCUAGUUAAAGAAAAACGAAUGUCCUUCCUUCCUUGGCAUAAAUAACAUUAAAACAUUGCCGGGCACUUGUCUUCCAGCACCUGUACCAAGGCGCCGAGACAUUAGACCAUCCAGCCAUCAUAUCGCAGGAUGCUUCUGAAUAAUUAUUUUGCAAAUAGUAAAAGCAUUCAAAGCUGAAAGGUUGCAAUUUUAAUUCCAAGUUGCUAUGCUCACUUUGUUACAUGCUUGUUAAACAGUUAGCUUAAGAAUGCACAAUAUACAGCAGCACAACAUCAGUCACAGCAUAUCUCCUCAUGUACUCCGCAUAUCUAAGAACCACCUGUUACUUUUUAAAGUAACGUACCAUUUUGUUUGGUAGAAUUUUCUCUCAAUCAACCCUUGGAGCCCAGUAAAUGAUUUACCUUCCAUGUGAUACUUAGGACUCCACAAUUUUGCAAGCAACUGAAUAUUUGUCAGCAGUAUCUUUUGUUAUUCUUGCUCGGGGAGGAGGUGGGGGAGGGGGUUAGAAGCAAAGAGGAAGAAUGGAAAAAGCCAACUUCUCUAUUAACACAAGUACCAGUGGGUCUAUGGAGACAGGCUUCAUCAGGUCAAAAUAAAGUAGCAGAUUGUCUUGUAAUGGGACUCUUCUCUCAUGUGCAUUCUCAUGCAUUGACUGUGUGCCCAGGGCUGAAGUUAGAAAGGAACAGAUCUACCUGGACAUAUCGAAAAUUGGCUUCCAUCAGGUUUCAUACCCUUCCCUGAGUACUUUAGCCACUUCACUACAUUGGUUUCUCAAUUGAUCAGUCUGUUGUUGAGAGUCUCCAAACUCUCAGGUCAGGAAGGCAAUUAGUGCUCAGAGGUGAUGACGGAGACAAGUUUGCAAGUUCUGUUACUGCCAGAUAACUGAAUUCCCAAAGUUUCAUGCCUGCAUUUUACCAAGCCUGAAGGUUUAAUCUACUACUGCCAUGAAGCCACCUUAUCCCUACCAGAGCAGAUACCGUCGUGAUUUUUUUAAGUAUUAUCUGUUUUUGAUGAUCUAAAGUCCUGUGCGCGAUGUGCGUUUAACAAUUUUUAAGCAUUCAAAGGUGUUGUACUUAGGUCGUAUCAAUAUUUUCACUUAACUCAUACAAAGGACCCUAUCUUUAAAGGGCACAUUACUUUCUUCAGUGUUCAUUUUCUUACAGAAGCCCCAUUUGCACAAAUACAAAUAUUUCAAAGUUUUAAUGAGCUGCAGCAAGUGGAAGCACUUUUACAUUUACCUUAUACACUGCUCGUCUGUACAAUGCAUCUAAUCUACUCGGUCAUUAAGUGGUAAUAAUGACAUUGUAUUUUCUUUAAGGAUUUUCUAACGAGACAUUUUGAGCAGGAUUUCCAUGGGUAUACUUGGCCUCCAACCAAUUGAGGUGAGAAAGUACAAUAACAUCAAGAAAGAUAAAUGGAGCUCAAGCAAAUUGUAUUUAUCUUUAUCUUCCUUAGGUUGAUUAUAUUGGCAGGUAUACAUACCAGUGUUAUCUCUUAUGAUUCUCCCUGCUGUAGGUAAGAAAUAGAAACAUAUAAGGUUUGUCGUUCAGAAAAUGACCUUUUCUACUUUCAACAAUCAUGCUUGGUGUUGCAACUGGAUAUGCCCCUUGCCUCUUAACAGCAUUCACCAUAACCGAAGGGCAUUCUCUGCGGUAGUUGAGGGUAAGUUAAUGCUGACUGUCUGGACCAGUCACAUGAAUCCACAGCACAAAACUACGCUGUAUUUAGCCAGCAGCCUGCUCUCUUUCAGAUAGGUGUAGGAUUCGAAGAGAGUGAGAGCAAUAGAUUCUUUGCUCUUUCUCGUUCUUCACUUUUUUUUAGGUUAAGACCGAAAAUCAAAUCACGUAGAGGACAGGUUCCCUCCCUGCUUUGUUUGCAAGCUUGUGGAUCCCAAAGGGCUUUUAGCACACAUCAUAUUGCACCAGCCUUAUACGUUAGGGUGGGUAAGUGACAUUAAACAAAGUCAGCAGGUUGGAAAAUCUAGAAAUACCUUUUCUGCCUCCCUGUGGCAGUUUUUAAAUCAAUGCAAAAUUGGUGUUCCUUACAAUAAAACUGUCCUCGGCUUUCAAAUAAAAUGUUGCAAUUUCCCAAAAUGUAACCAACAUCUACAUACAGUAGUUUCCUUUAGAAAAUUAAAACAUUUUAUGAAUUAUCUUAUUCACAGACAAAUAAUGCAAGAUAUUUUAACUGACCCCCAAAUACUAUAUUAAAUUAUAUAUUAAAACUCUAGCACAACUGAAAAACGCCUGUAAAGAAUUCUACUUUAUUUUGAAGCCAUUUUUUAAAUAUAUAUAUAAAUGAUGUUUUAGAUUAUCAUU